AUGAAUGUUUUUAAGGGCCAUCCUACCAUUAAUUUUGAUCAUCUCAAAUAUGGCAUCGAUCGCACUUCGCAAUCAUAUUUGGAAACAUACUGUGAUUCAAAUUUUUAUCAAAAUUUUAUUCCGAUUCUUGUUCCAAUUAGUGAUGAUGAUGAAAAUUCAUUUUAUAAUUCACUUGCAUAUCUCUCAAAUUUUGAAAAUGAUAUUAUCAUGGAAUUAAAAGUGAAAAAUAUUUGCGAAUUGGUUUUAAAUUGUGAAUUUUAUCAAGGACUGUGUAAUGAAGAUCCCGAGUUAAAAUAUCAUAUUAAUAGACAGCUUCGGCUUGAUCAUAAACAAAUAACUGUCUGGGAUUUUAUGGGUAUUGCAUCAGUUCUGAAUAUCGCUAUUCAAUCAGUGUUUCCAAAUGUUAAUGGAGCUAAUGAUCAAACAGCCAAAAAUCGCAAUCAAAUAUUUUUUCCACGAAACAGUAAUAGACAAGGACUUAUACAAAUCACAUUAUUAUGGACGAAUAGUAAACCGUUAAAUCAAACAAUUCGGAAAAUGUUAUGGCGAUCAAAUCGCAUUAUUCCAUUGCUUAAAUUGUAUGAGUUAAAAACUGAUUUGGAAGUGAUUCGAUUACUAUAUAAUCGACCACAAGAUCGCGGUGUAUUUUAUGCAGCCUGUCCGUGUGGUUGCGAUAUCACUCAAAAUGUUUUAAAUCAGAUUGUACCGGAAAAUAUUCGACGUCAACGUGAAAUUGAUCUUUAUCAUAGACGUCAACCAGAACAGUUUAUGUUUAUGUGUCCAACAUGUCAAGAAAUGGAAUGCAAUGGCUACAUAUUUAACAAAGAAAAAAUAAAAGAAUUUCAAAAAAAUUAUAAAAAUUCAUUGCUUACCUGUAUACUAUUCGAUGUUAGUUCAUCCAUGAAACAGUCAUUUGCACCAUGGCCUCUGUCAUAUGUUAUCGGUAAAUCUAAGCUGUCGAUUGGUAUCGCAGCCAUUAUACAAUUAUUGCAUAAUAUAGCAUCGUCAACAGCUCGAGAUCGAAAGCACGAAAACCCGACACACGAUUCAAAUCAACUUCUAAUGUAUACGUUUGAUGACAAAUUGUUAGAACCGCCAGUUAUUCCUGUGUGUGAUGCUGUGGAUGCCAGUAAUUUUGCUGAUAAAGUAGAAAAUAUUCGUUGUAGUAAACGUUUGAUUGGCACUAGUGUUUAUGAAGCUAUUGAUCAAAUAUUAGAUAAACUUGAGCAAGUACCAUAUUCAAAUUAUCAUCUGUUUAUUGUUACCGAUAAUUGUGAUACAAAAAGUAAUGAUGAAUCAAAGAGGAGAUUAUCUAAUAUUAAAUUUACACGACAUGAACUAAAUACGAGAUUGCUUUACGUACAAUACGGCGAUAUUCAAGGUAAUAGUAAAAACGUAGAAGACAAUCCAUUAGCUGCUGAAGCUGAUGUACGUAUUUAUUUAAAUGAUAACAUUGAACAAGCUCGACGCAUGAUGGAAAUAGGUUAUUCAAAAAUAUAUGAGGAUGGAACAACAAUAACCUCCUCCGAUCAACAAUCUAAUAUUCUAUAUGAUCGUAAUGAUAGAAUACCGAAUGCGAGCAGAAUACACUCAUCAAACACACAGCAAUAUCUCGUCAAUAGUGCUGGAGAUAAUGAUCAAAUAGGACAAAAUUUUCAACCGACUAUGCAACAUCAAAUUUCCCAAAAACCUUCCCAAAAACCUUCCCAAAGUACGACCAUGUCAUCAAGUGCGUCCUAUUGCACCUACAAGUGUUGCAAGGAUAAGUUAUAG